AUGGCGAGCAUUGUUGCAGCUUUGAAGUUGUUGUUUGACCGUCCUAACGAACCUAUGGUUUCCCCCAAAGGUGACAAUGAGGUGGUCUUUCAACUCACGGAACAACAUCUCGACGACAAAUACAAGAGUAAUGGGAUCGAGAUCAACAAUCGUUUUGGGAAGGACAAGCCACUUAUCCCAUUGAAGGAAUUGAAGAGACUUCCUCAGUUUCCAAAAGCCAAAAGGCUGCCAAGUGAUGCAGAUUUCUCCAUUCUUCUGCCUGCCCACCAGGAGAUGGCCGAUGAGGUCAUUGACGCCCUUCUAGCGGUGCCUGAAAACCAACUGCCCGAAUUUCUAUCAACAUGCGUUUAUGCGCGUGUGAAUCUGAAUCCUCAGCUUUUCAACUACUGCUACUCUGUUGCUUUGUUGCAUAGGAAGGACACCAAAAAUGUUCCACUUCAAAACUUUGCUGAGACUUUCCCAUCUAAGUUCGUUGAUUCGAAGUUUUUCAGUCAAGCACGUGAAUCCGCCGCCCUUGCCAAACAAGGAGCUCCGCGUGUGCCCAUAAUAAUCCCGCGUGAUUUUACCGCCAACGAUUUAGACAUUGAACAUAGACUUGCUUACUGGCGCGAAGAUAUCGGCAUCAACCUUCACCACUGGCAUUGGCAUCUGGUGUACCCAUUCAGCGCCACUAAAAGAGAAAUUGUAGCGAAGGAUCGUCGUGGCGAACUCUUCUUCUAUAUGCACCAGCAAGUUAUUGCUCGCUACAACACUGAACGUCUGGCCAACCAGCUCGCACGUGUGAAGAAGUUCAGUGAUUUCACGGAGUCGACUCCUGAGCCGUACUAUCCGAAAUUGGACAGUCUCACCUCAUCCCGAAGCUACCCACCGCGGCAGGCAAACAUGAGGUGGUCGGAUCUGAACAGACCCGUAGAUGGUCUCGUGGUCAAAAUCUCCGAUAUGAACCGCUGGAAGAGAAACCUUGAAGAGGCCAUCGCUACUGGCAUGGUCAAACUGCCAAACGGCUCGACCCAACCUCUGGACAUCGACACUCUGGGGAACAUGGUGGAGGCUAGCAUACUGUCUCCCAACAGAGAUUACUACGGAACCUUGCACAACAACGGGCACAGCUUCGCUGGAUACUUACACGACCCUGACCACAGAUAUCUGGAAUCCUUCAACGUCAUAGCUGACGAGGCUGUUAAUAUGCGAGAUCCGUUCUUCUACCGCUGGCACGCUUUCAUCGACGAUCUAUUCCAGAAGUUCAAAGAGAGCAACAACGUGAGACGUUACACGAGAUCAGAGCUUGAGAACCCAGGAGUGAAAGUCACGAAUGCCAGAAUCGUGAAUAGCAAUGGCGCCGCGGACAACACUCUUAACACGUACUGGAUGCAAAGCGAUGUGGAUCUCUCUCGUGGACUUGACUUCUCGGAUCGUGGACCGGUGUACGCCAGGUUCACGCAUCUUAACUACAGGCCGUUCAGAUAUGUCAUCGACGUAGACAACACGGGCAGCGCUCGCCGUACAACGGUCCGCAUCUUCAUAGCGCCCAAGUUUGAUGAACGUGGCUUGCCAUGGAUACUGUCCGACCAACGCAAAAUGUUCAUCGAGAUGGACAGAUUCGUUGUGCCUUUGAACGCCGGCAGGAACACCAUAACACGCGAAUCUACCGAAUCCUCUCUGACUAUACCCUUCGAGCAGACCUUCCGUGACCUCUCCAGCCAGGGUAGUGAUCCUCGUCGUGAAGAUUUGGCUAGCUUCAACUUCUGCGGCUGUGGUUGGCCCCAACACAUGCUCGUACCACGCGGCACUGAGAGCGGCAUGCUGUUUGACUUUUUCGUUAUGCUUUCGAACUAUGAACAAGAUGCCAUAACUCAACCGGAAGGUGUUGCCCCGUUGACUUGUACAGAGGCUUCUAGCUUCUGUGGUCUAAAAGAUCGUCUUUAUCCGGACAAGCGCAACAUGGGCUUCCCAUUCGACAUACCAUCGAGCAGCGCUGCCAACAUCCAAGACUUUAUUCUGCCUAACAUGUUCCUCGCUGAUGUUAGCAUUCGUCUACAAAACACCGUGGAAAUAAACCCCAGGAAUGCUAAAAACUAA